CCGAAAGACGACAAAAACAACACCAACGCACCGAGAAAGUGGACUGUUGACGGACAUUUAACGGGGAUUUAACGGAUUCUACCGACUGUGCAGCUCUUUGUCAUCUUGUCGUCUAACAUUAAGAGGUGAUGUCGGCUCAGAACACGGAGUCGAAGUUGAAGCAGAUGUUGAAGCAGGAGAAGAUCCAGCUGUGGAAUCCUCCGUUCAGUGAUGAGAGCAGCGAUGCAGGUCCUCAGCACAUGGAGGAGCUGGCGGAGCGCUACGCCCCUCUGCUCCGUCUGCCACUGACGGAGGUGGGCGGAGCUCUGGAGCGCAUCAGGCAGCAGGCGGUGAAAAGGGGCAAAGAGAGGCAGAGGUUCAGAGAGACCAGCGUGGCCACGCUGGAGCUCCUGCUGCCCCACAGCAAGGAAACAAAGACCAAGAGCUACAUGGAGACGAGGCUGGACGCUAGGGCGCAGGAGCUGGUGGACAGGAUCGGAGAAGACUUCGGCCUGAAAUACAUCAAGCUGAUCCUCAACGGGAGAACUCUGUGUGUCGACCAGCCUCUGGACCAGCAGGGGGUGAAGAACCACAGCAAGGUGAUGGUGCUGAAGGUCAGCGACGCGGAGUGGAAACUCCAGCUGAGUGAGGAGGAGGAGAAGGAGAAGAACCAGAAGGAGAGCCUCCAGAGGACCCAGAAGGGCUUCCAGAUCCUGUCAGAGCGAGAUGGCAGUGAAGACUCCUCCCCUUUCCUGGAGAUCGCUGACCAGAGAGGGAAUCCUCUCACGAUCCCCCCCCAGGAAAAGAAGGCUCUGAUCCUGGCGAUGGGUUUUCAUGAGAAAGGUCGUUCUCUGAUGAAGAAGAAGCAGUUUGACCUCGCGCUGUGUCACCUGCUGCAGGCCGACCAGCAGUUCAGUCGCUGUGGCUCCGCCCUGCUGGCGUCGGUGGAUAACUUUGCCGUGCUGCAGCUGGACGUGGUUUGGUGCUACCGGGCUCUGGAGGCUUUGUCCUGUCUGGAGGACGGACGCAGCCGCCUGCAGCGCGCCGAGGACUGCUUCCUGCGCUGCUACGGCGAGCGGCAGCAGAGGUUGCUCAUGAUCAAGGGUAACACGGGCAGAGAGGAGGUGUUGUUUCUGCGGCUGCACCUCCUUCAGAGCCUCCUCUCCUACAUCGAAGGGAACGACGCUCAGGCCCGGCAACAGCUGUCCAAAGUGGAGACUCUGUACAACCGUCUCUGUCUGGACUCUGAGAAAAUGGCUCAGCUGAUGUCUCUGGGUUUCACUGAGCGAGAAGCUCGGCUGGGGCUGCGAGCCUGUGAGGGAGACCUGCAGGAGGCCGCCAUCCACAUCGGCAACCAGAGACAGGAGCGAGAGGAGCUGAAGCAGAGGGAGAGGAAGAGGAGGAGCAGGAGGAUGGAGGCCAUCUCCAGCCUCAGUGAGCUGGGCUUCUCCAGGAGAGACGCUGCCCGAGCGCUGCAGCACGCUGACGGAGACGUGGACAGAGCGUAUGGGAUCCUGCUGGACUCGAGUGGAUCUGCUCAGGCCACAGGCUGCCACAGCGAGGACUCCGUGGAGCAGCUCUUGUACCUGGGCUUCCAGAGGGACGUCUCCGAGGCCGCUCUCAGACUGACGGGCGGAGACGUCCAGUUGGCGACUCAGCUGCUGCUGGACCAGCAGGGCGUCCUCUCCCCAGAGCUGCUGUCAGAGUCCCCGUCCUCCGAGGAGCCCAGCACCUCCUCCAGCACCUCCACAGCAGACAUGUCCACGGAGGACAGCCAACUGGUGGACGAGGCCUUGGAGGACAUUGCUCGUCACGAGGAGGACUACCUGGACCUGAACCUGGAGGAGGAGAGCGAGCUCAUCGCCACCAUGAAGACCUACCUGAGCCCCGCCCACAGCGUGUGACACACACACACACACACACACACACCUGAUCGCCAGGUAACAAGUAGACUUUGAUUUAACUUUUUUUUCCACAGAAGAGUUUAUUUAAGACUUUGUCUGUUUAUUAUGAUUCUGACAAACAUUGAUUUAUUUUAUUUUCUUAAGUAAACUUUAUUUAUUGUUGUUCUGAUGACGAUAAUCAACGUUUUGUUUUUGUCAAACAUUUAAUUUAAAUUCCUUUCAUGUUCAUAUUGAGUUGAUGUUUGAUGAAGACAAUAAAGAUGUGAAGGUUGAA